UGCACUCCUGCCAGCCGGGCUCCCUCGGCCGCGGCGGGGCCGGGCCGGCUCCGGUGAGGCGUCGAGGCCGGCGUCGGUAGCUGCCUCCUUCCCCGCCUCCCCUCAGGGCUCCCCGCCCAGGAGGCGGGAGCCCGCCGCCCGCUUCAGCCCAGCCCGCCGCGGAGGGGCGAAGCCAGCGACGCCGCCCGGCGGAGCACCAUGCUGGAGUCCAUCCGUGUCACCGAAAAACUUCACUGGCCUAAGACAGAGCUUUCUAAGAAAUCAAUCCUGAGUCCAGAAGAACAUAAGCUGAACAUUAAUAAUGAAAACAGCCUCCAGCACCCACCUUCUGGGAUCCUUAAGGACAUUUUCACAACAGGAACCAGUAGCUACAAUGUCCUUCUGCAGAGCAAAGAGGAGAAAAAACACCACCCUCAAAAGCAGCCAUCUGCCCACCACAAGAAACACAGAAAAACUACAACGGGUUCUACCACCUCGCGAAGCAACGAGCACCGCAAAAUCAAAGUCCCGCUCCCCUUGCUGAGCGGCGGGUGGUACUGCACAAACAGACAGUCCCCCAUCAUCGUCACCAGCCCGGUGUCUACUGGCAUGAAGUUUACAAACAGUAUGUCAGUUGCAGAGAGCAGCGUAGGACUGCCAUCUCGACCCAAAAGUCGAACUAAGCGGCAUUUUAAUCUGACAAAGCCAAAGCAAUCCCAGACCUCAAAAAGCCAUGGAAAAGAAGGUGAUGUCUCUGGCCGAAAACUCUGUUUACUGACUGCAAUCAAGCCUUCCAAUGUGGAGAAAGAGAAGAUGAAAUUCUUCAAUUCAGAUUUCACAUACAAUCCUCAAUUUGAAUACGAAAACCCUGCUCUGCCAAAUGUGUUAGCUAAGCACAGCCAUGCAUCUGACAGAUUUCUUAAGCAGUCCAUUAACAUUAUGGAGCGGACAUUGCAGAAAUAUGGAAGCUAUGAAAAAUUUGAACAGGCCACUGGAGGCAGCUUGCUGACCAAAAGUCGCAUCUGGAAUCACGUCAGGAAAUACAUGGUGAAAGAAGGCUGUCUUGGUGAGAUUGUGGUCCAUCUCACGGAGGACCUGCUAUCUCGAGCCUCAAUGACAGUGGUGAAUGGCCGCCCCACUCUCACUAUCAAUAUCUCCACUGCGCGAGAGCACUGGCUGGAAGGGAUGCUGAGACAUGAAAUUGGAACUCAUUAUUUUCGGGGUUUUAACAACAACAGCCAGCCUUGGUGCAACUGGAAUGGACGUCGAAAACAUGGGUUAAAACCAAUCAAUCCUACAGAAGAGGGGCUAGCAAGCAUUCACAGUGUCCUCUUCCGCAAAGACCCUUUUCUUUGGAGGGCUGCCCUGCUCUACUACACAGUGUAUCAGGCCAGCCAAAUGUCCUUCAGUCAGCUUUUCCAGGACGUGGGGAAAUUUGUCAAGGACCCCAAUACGAGGUGGGAUUACUGCGUACGAGCCAAGAGAGGGUGGACUGACACAUCACAACCAGGCUGUUUCAAUAAGGAUCAGGUGUACUUGGAUGGCAUCCUCCGAAUCCUGAGAUACAGGGAGUCCAUUGAUUUCCAUCUUCUGACAGCCCUUGGAAAGAUCUCAUAUGAGGAUGUGGACCGCCUGAAAGGAUUAGCCGUGAUUGAGAACAUGAGGGUACCACACUUUUUGCAAGACCAUGCCCGGUAUAUGGAGCACUUGGAAAAGAUCAUGGAAGUCAAUGAGCUGACUGACGAAGAGCUCCAGGAUCUCAUAAAUUAACAGUAGCAGCCCACCAUUCACUUACCCUCUGCAAUUGAGGAUGCAGAAUUGGACUUCCCAGAGCUUGCAAAAAUGGAUUUAUGAGGGGUGGGGCGGGAGGAAAGGGUGUCCAGAAUAUAUGGAAUUCAGAAAAAGUCCUCUCUAUGUUCCUUUUGCAUUGUGAUUAUAUAGUGAUUAUUUUUUAAAGGGUUUGUGCAUUUUUUUAAAAUUUGGCUUAGGAAUUCCUUUGCAGUGAUCUGUCCAAUCAUCUACUCUGUUUUAUAUGCUAGGUAUAGUCCUUGACACUGUCUUUUAUAAGAUACUGCCUUUUCCCACACAGGUUUAAAGGUGGAGGAAAGGAGAAAGAAGAGAAAUUCCCCCUUAGUUCACUUGUGUUUUCCCUGUCUUUGGUCACGGUUCAUAGAAAUAGAACUGCUGUAGAUUAUGCUACAUCGCUGUCUGUGUAACAAUUUCCCAUUUAGUCAUCAUUGCAAUGAAAAAAGAAAAUUUAAAAACACAGUGCACAGAAGCAGGUCUUUGUGCCAUGGGAUCAAAAAAAGUUUUGAGUUCUUUUUUUACUGGGAGACUUAGCAUUAAAAAAAAAAAGUUGGUAUUGCUGUUUUAAUGACUGUAAGCAGGUAGAAAAGUUAUCCCCCUUUAUCCCCUCAAAAAGUUAGUGUUCUACAUCUUUAUCUGUAUAGUACAUGUUUCAGGAAGCUGAAUAAUGGAAAGGGUCUUCCUUCUUUGAGGACAAGCAUAGCAUGCGUAGGAAGUUCAACAUGGCAGCGUUUUGGAAGAAGGAUCAAGCAGAACUGUGAUUUCAUGACUGAACAUGUUUUAAAUAAAUUCAGGAACAUGGGGACAUGAUUCUGCACAGCAUGCAGCACCACUUCUCUGGGUCACCUGAGCCUACAGAAGGUCAAGUCAACUUUUUGAGCAGUACGUCCAUGCUACAGCAAACUUGAGCUUGCAGAGCUUGUUGAAGAAACAAGAUGUGAAUGGGGGGAAGAUUCACAAGUGUCCUAUUCCUGUGUUCCAACAGAAGUGCUGCACCACUCUGAAGCAACCUUACCUCUGUUUUAAUUGCCGGUGCUAUAUCCAGAACCAAGAAGAGAAAGCAGCUUACUGUAAGGCAUAGCUUAGAUGACACAGGAGAACUUGCUACAUAAACUACAUUUUCUGAUUCCGGAGUAUUAUGGAAUUAUCGAGGCAAACAGAGUCUUGCACUUGUAAGUAUUCUGACAAAGGGUUUUGUUUUAGUAGGCAGCAUUUUACCAGGGCUCCUCUAAACUCCCGGGAAGCAGCUAUGGUAGGAGAGACUGGGCAGGAACUAGUGAGAGCCUUGGAUGGUGCUUCUGCCCUUUCUUCCCCUUCUGCCUUGGCCCACUGGUAACAGGCCCGGCUUUGGAUAAGGCGAGAAGAUGGAGCCAAGGUUUCCUCCACACCACAUUUGCAUGGACCUCAGCCCUGAUAUCCCUCCCUCCCCACUUACCCUGUUCUUUAAUGAAAUGGAUGGAAUAACCCUCCCACCUUAUGGCAGGACAUUACCAGCCAUGACAGCAAAGUCUUGAGAACACAUUUUCUGAUCCAGAGAAAAAUCUGUGAGGAAAAGCUCUCAGCAGGCUGAGAGAUCUGAAGGUUUUUGAAUAAUCCCAUAAAAGCAGCUGCCUUUUAGAUAGUAUUGCUAGUGUGUCUGCAGCGGCUGGCUGGCCAACUGCUUGAGGAAAAGAAAAUGCGCUCCACAAGCAUAAAUUUACUAAAUUUGGGUAUUUUCAAGGCAGGGACCAAGAACUGCUCACAGCAGCAGCCUUAAUUUUGUAUUGUCAGUGUUGUUCAUGAGCUGAAAGCCUUUCAGCCUCUGUAUGCUAAAAUAAAAGCCCCUUUUCUCUCCUGCCUCCCUUCAGGCUGUCUGGUUUGAUCACUGAUAACUUUGCCUGCCCAGCUUUGUUUUAGAGCCGUGCCGAGCAGACACGGUGUUGCAGCAGCCUGACAGGGACCCUUUGCAGUCAUGCACUCACGUGCUCCAGGUUUUGGCUCCUUUGCCACAAGCAGCAAGAAAGCCACACGUGGCUGAUGUCGAGUCAAAGAUUGCAGUCAAAAGCUGUCUUUGGAGUAAAUCGGGCAGAGAUUGUUUGAGCUACGCCACGGAAGAAUCUGGCUCACUUUGCUGAUCCAGAGAUAUGUGAAAGGGCCGGUUCUUUAUGAAAAGGAUAAAUUUGAACUGAUUUUUUUUUUCUUAAAAGAGAGAAUUCCCUGUCUUCCAGUGAUUUCUAUGUAAGCAAAGUGCUUUUUCACCGCCCCCUGUAGUAAUGUCUUAUAAUCUAAGUGUAGGUACGCAACAUGUCAUUGAAACCAGGGGGCUGUGCCAGUCACCCUGCUUUGCCACAAAGCACCAUGCCUACGUCCCUUCCUCCAACAGCCAGUUGAUUCUUUUGCCACUCUGUAGCCCUCAACACUACUACAGGCCUUUUUGCUUUACUCAAAGACCUGCAUCGUGUUUUCUUCAAAGCAGUAGGUGCCAUUAAACUUCUGCUCUUCGUUAUUCUAAGAAAUAGAUUUGCCUUGUGAAAAGUCAGUCUGGAAGCUGUCAGUAGCAAAGUAAUACCGUAGCCAUAGAGGAAGCUGUCAGCUUCUGUUUUCAGCAUCAGAUUUAUCCUUCCUCCUUUGUAAAAGCGUUUCAAAUUUUGAGGCGUAGCUGUUGUAAAUUUUCCACUGUGAAGAGGCUGGUUACUAAGUCAUGAUCCUGAAGUUGUGUAAUAAAAUAUCUGUACAGCAGCGCACGUGAGCUCACAUCGCUGCACGGUUUCAUGGUGUCCAUGAUGUGAUGGCAGCCUUUCCUAUAGCAGUCUGGCGCAGUUGCUUUGCUGUGUGGUGCUACUUCUACAUUAUUCCUAUACAGAAACCUGGUCAACAUUGAAAUGGGGAGGCUUUUCCACCAGACCAGUUUUAAAAGGCAUUUUAUACAACUUUUGCAAAUAAAGUUAAAUGAAAGAAUGACAGAGAUGAGGGUACUGAAGUGUUACAUCGUGUUGUGUGAGAGCGUUACUCUCCUUCAACAGCAUUGGCUCUACAGCUAGUCGGACGUCCCAAGCUGUGCAUGGAAGAGAUGGCUUUCUGACACAGUUUUGAAAAACAUGACUUGGGGUUGGAGUCAUG